GUUGCACAGAGAGGGACAGAUCCCAGCUGUUAGCGUGUGUCUUGUGUGACUGUGUACAACUGUACAACCCGUACACUGUAAAAAACAGAAAAAAAGAAAAAAGUGUAACAGUGUAGCGUUUACAACGUACAAAGGUUUCAUUUUACAUUACGGACAUGGAUUAUGGAAAACCAGAAAUACUAGUUAAAGAACUGCAGCUAAAGGAUCAGUUUGAUAACUUGGAGAAGCACACUGGGUGGGGUAUAGAUUUUGUGGAGCGCUACACCAAAUUUGUCAAAGAGCGAUCUGAGAUCGAACUCAACUAUGCAAAGCAGAUCAGAAAUUUGUCUAAAAAGUACCAACCUAAGAAGAAUGCCAGGGAAGAAGAAGAGAGCAAAUACACUUGGUGCCGUGCAUUUCUGGCAUCCCUUAAUGAGAUGAAUGACUACGCCGGGCAGCACGAGCUUGUUGCGGAGAACAUGACAUCACAGAUCAUCACUGAGCUCACGCGGUACACACAAGACCUCAAAACAGAGAGAAAAUCACAUUUCCAUGAUGGACGGAAAGCUCAACAACAAAUUGAGACCAGCUGUAAACUACUGGAACAGUGUAAGCGGAAUUUUGAGAGAUCUUGUAAAGAGGCAGAUCGAGCACAGCAGUACUUUGAGAAAAUGGAUGCUGAUAUCAAUGUGACAAAAGCAGAUGUUGAGAAGGCCAGACAGCAGGCUCAGUUUAGACACCAGUUGGCAAGUGACAGUAAAUGUGAAUAUUCCAACUACCUGCAGAGAUUCAACCAAGAACAGACUGAACAUUACCACACAGUCAUCCCCAAUAUCUUUCAGAAAAUACAGGAAAUGGAAGAGAGGAGGAUUGAGAAAGUGGGUGAAUCCAUGAAGACCUUUGCCGACCUGGAUAGAGAGAUCUUGCCCAUUGUAGGAAAAUGCCUUGAUGGUAUAACCAAAGCAGCCGAAAGCAUUGACGCCAAGACUGACUCAGCACAGGUGGUGGAAUCGUACAAAUCAGGGUUUGAGCCACCAGGUGAUUUGGAGUUUGAAGAUUAUGGGCAAGCAAUGAAGAGGACCGUAUCGGAGACCAGCCUGACCAACUCGCGGCCUGAUAUUAAGACAGAAAAACCCAGCAAAAGCAAGAGCAAACUCUGGCCAUUUAAGAAGAACAAGCUUAUGUCCCUAUUAACAUCCCCUGACCCACGCCAACCCCCUACAGAACCCCCCUCACCUUCUACUGUGACCCUUGACCCCUGCCCCACCCCUCAGAGCCCCAAACCACCCAAGGAGGCCCUCUCGCACCGCUUCAAUGACAUCAUUACUUCCAAGCCCAAAAUUCAUUGCCUUCGGAGCCUGCGUCGUGGGUCUCCACAGUCCUUUCACUAUGAUAAAGAGCUGAUGAAGAGGACUCUUGGCCGGCCUACUUAUGCUUUUGAGGCCAGGCAAUAUGUCCUCUCUCUGAAGUUGAUCUCGCUCAAUGCCCACGUGCGGAAUCUUAUUGAGGGUGCGACUCCAGAGGAUUUUAGUCAUCUGCCCCCAGAACAAAGGAGGAAGAAACUGUUUAAGAUUGACGACAUUAAUAAAGACAUACAGAAAGAGCUGGACCAGAAAGAUGCACUGACUAAAAUGAAGGAUGUGUAUGUGAAGAACCCCCAGAUGGGGGAUCCAAGCAGUGUGGACCCACGACUUGCAGAGAUCAGCCAUAACGUUGAUAAACUACAGGCUGAGCUACAGAAGUUUGAGGGCUGGCUAGCAGAAGUGGAGGGCAGAAUGCCGGUGAGAAAUGAAUCUACUCAAAGACAAAGUGUUGCAUAUGAAACUCAAAACAGUACCACGACAUCCAACAAUAACUGUGCUCAGGACCGUGAAAGCAGUCCAGAUGGUAGCUACACUGAGGAACAGAGCUCUGAAGUACAGACAAAAUCUCAGACUGAUCCUGAGUUUGAUGAAUUUGAUGAUGCUGAAGAAGAAAUGCUGCCCACUAUUGGAACCUGCAAAGCAUUGUACCCUUUUGAAGGAAACAAUGAGGGUACCCUCGCAUUAGCAGAAGGAGAGGUGCUCUUUGUGAUCGAGGAGGAUAAAGGAGAUGGCUGGACACGUGUCCGGAGGAACGAGGAAGAGGAGGGCUACGUUCCCUCAUCAUACAUUGAGGUGUUCCUCGACUCCAAUGCCAAAGAUUCCUAAUGAAGAGAAGAGGGCACAUGGCAACUGACUGGAAAAUACAGGAAUAUAUCUCUCUACUAAAAUGGAGAGAGUGAAACUUUGAUGAUGAUGAUGAUGAUGAUGAUGAUGAUUGACUCAUGGAUUUGGAAGAAAGCAAUGCACAGGAGGCAGUGGAGCCUCUACUGCAGACAAUAACUGAACCAUGCCCCUGACACCAAUCAAAGAUAAAAAAAAAAAAAAUCAGACCCUUAAAGCCGCUACAUAUAAGAAAAUAUUGCUUUUUCGCUAUGCAGCUUACAAGCACCCAUAAUUGUAAUUCAGUUCAACAUGAGCUAGAUAGUGUAUACUACACAUUGGCACAGAUUAAACAUUAGAUCUGGUAACAUAAAUCUUGUCCAGUCAGCCUCUGAAAGACACGCCAUUCAUUUCAGUGUUGUCCAAAAUGUGACCUGUUUACCUUUAAACUUUUUCUUCUAGAAAUAUCACACAGUAAACAAGAGGAAGUAUGUAUGUAGGAUUGGUCAAAUAGGACUAUACUAUAUAUUGUAUAUGUCUUUUGAGUCCUUGUGUUUUUACAAUCAGGCCUUAGUUGCAUUGCAACCAACAGAUUUAUUUAUGUAUUAGUGUUUUUUUUUUUUUUUUCACAAGCACUGUACUCUGUUGCUUCGUUAGCCAGUGAGUAGCUAUUAGGGGUUGCAUAGACUAGUCAACUAGUACAUUCACAAGUUGCAGGCUAAAUGUAGAUUAAAAAAACAAAAAAAGCAAAGCUGAUUCUAUUGUCAACAUGCUUCAAAAAGAUUUGUAUUACUUUUAUAUGAAUUUUAGGUUAAAAGAUGUGCAUAGAAAUGGGACUCUUUGUUGCCCUUUAAAGCUGAAUAAAGAUAAACAAAAGUCCCUGUUCUUUGGCAUUGCUAAUUCUAUCACAAACAGUGCCAUGCAAAAGAGUGAAAUCGGUGCCAUGGUUUGCAAGUCACUAUCCAAUCUCACUCAAGUAGUAUAAAGCCUGUCAGAGCAUGCCAACAAACAGUCACACUUGUUUUCAGAUGCUAUUGAGGCUGUAGUUGAACUGGAGCUGUUUAACACCCAGGUCCUUAUUAGACUUAAAAAGCUUUCUGAUGCUACAGUAGACAUAGCUUCCUCGAUCCACAAAAGGCCGGUCAAUAAACUAUAAAGACUACUCUGUUGAAGGACAUUGAAUUUUUAUUUCCAGAAAAAAAAUUUAAACACAAGUGUAUUUGCACAUACUUAAAUAAUAUAGUAUGACACAGCUAUUUUUUGCACAUUUAUUGCACUGAUUUAUUUAUUUUUGUUGUUAAAAAUUAAGCAGAAAUGAAAUCUAAACCCUGCAUUUUACAGUUAAAAGUAAAAAUAGCCAAACAUUGUCGGAAAUGACUUGAAAUUACUGCUUGACUAGUAAAAAUUAAUACUCUUGCAACCCCUAGUAGUUCUCAGCAAACACUGUGAAGUCCCAUUAUUACAGGCACAUUUUUAACAGGUUAAUUUGCAGUCUCAUCCUGUGGAUUUAUUGAGCCUGCCUACAAAGGUUAGCCAUCAUAUGUUAUGUGGUUGCUUAUGUGGUAUUGACUUAUAAGUAAUUUUUUCGUUUUUUUUUUUUUUUUUUAUCUGAAUGAAUAUGAUUAUAUUGGCAGACAGAUAGCUGAUCCUAGAUCAGGGCUAGACAGUGCUUUUCCACUGACACAAAGCUGUUACAAGAACCAAAGCUGGAUUAUUUCAACAGCUAAACUUUUAAGAAAGUACCAUUUUCUACCUGCUUUGAUAUCCCAUGCAAAUAUAUUGUGAAUGUAGAUAUAUUUUUCAUAUAUCUUAUGUGGUUAAAAUUUUGACUUCACACUUUUUUAAACCUUUAAAAUGUUUAAGGAAUAGUUCAGGGUAGGGUUAGGUACACAAAAUCUUUGUGCAAACAAUGCCCCUUAUUACACCAGACAUCAACAGCAUGGGGUCUGAACCCAGUUUUUUUAUUUUGGUUUUGUACUGGUGCUAUGAGGCUAAUGUAGCUAACAGGAACUAGUCAGCUGUUGUCCCGCAGUUUGGCAUUAAGAAAAUGUCAUGCUUAAAUUACAUACUUAUUUUAAACAGCUUAAAAAAUAGAUUCUUAUUUAUGGAGACUUGUUUAUAUAUAAGUGUAACCAAAAUAUUUAUUUAACAUAAGCAAAAAUAUUUUAAAAUGGAAAAUGUUUAACAUGUUGAACAUAUUGUGCCUUUUAUGCAGCUGCAUGUAAUGGCAGUAGUUACCAUUUUCACCUCCUGUAGUCCUUGAUUCUUAAGUUCGCAUUUUUGUCUAUGCGGAUUUUCUGUGCACGUUCCUCCUUGAGCAUGCAUAUGCGGAAGCCCCAAGUAUAAGAAAAUAAAUGUGAAUUAAAAUGGUUGUGAGGAGCUCCCAUCCAUAUUUUCAAUCAAACCAGCAUAAGUGACAGUAAAUACAGUAUCCACAAGAUACUGAUCUGAUGCAGAAACUCAUAAAAUCAUGUAAUCUGAAAAUUGAUUGGGACGAUGCACAUAGUAUCUGAAAUGCAUUGCUUGGAGGUUUGGCACAUGCACCUUUGUGCAGGGAAUGUGGAAGGACCACAAGAACCUCUUUCUUGAGAGUGAUUAUUUCACCUUCAUUAGAAUUCUUUUAUUUUGCCCACUGCAGUUUUAAUUGAUUUCUGCCAGUACCCAUACACUUGAAAAGACUAACAAAGGCAGCAGUAGCACCUCUAUGCAAAGUUAAGUUCUUCUACCCUAGGUUUUUUAACGCAAGAGCACAUUUCCAGAAGGUCUUUCAUUUUCUAACCAACUAUGAGUCAAAUAAUGACACAUGCCUUACAUGCAUCUACAGUAUAUCUCUAAUGCUGUAGUUUGUUAUAAUUCCAAAUACAGCAGCAAAAUAAUGAGGGAUUUUUAAAUGUAUUUGGUGCAAUGAAUGCACCUGUCACAAUAAGAAUAUGCUUUUAAAGAGUCCAUCAUAUUUAUUUAUGCAUAUGCAUUUGUGUAUUAGUGAUUCUUACAUGUGAAAUUAAAUUAAUUUUGAAUUUAGAAAAUUGUUUUACUCACGUUUUAAUAGAAAUUCAGGUCCGGAGUGAUAUUGAAUUCGGAUUAAUUCUAUUUAAUUUAUGCAGUUGUUGUACAAAUGGUGUUACUAAGUCAGGCGCUUUUAUAGCGAGGUAUGGCAUGCAGUUUGCAUGAUGAUAAACUGUGAUUUUCUAAUCUUUUUUCAGCUAUUGCUUACAUUAAUAUCGUAGCACCACUGCAUGCCAUUUGGGGUAAAGAAAACAAUAACCUUUUUCUUUUGACUGAAAUGUUCCUGGAUAUUAUGAUGGCAGCCUAGGUAAGCAACAGCAGCAUUGUGUCGGUGAAAAAGCACUUUUAAACAUAGCUCUAGUGGAAACAUUUAUUCUAAGAGAAUAAAAAAAAGAUUUAAAACUAUGUACAUUCAUCAGCAGAACUGGCUAAGGACUAUUAUCAUGGAUUAGCACACCCACUUGGUGUCCAUGGCUUUGUUCUGUGGUUGGUGAUUUCUAUUCUUAGGCUUAAUGUCUGUGGUAUGGAAGAGAAAUGAUAGUUUUACUUUGACAUUAUUUUGUUUUGUAGAGAACAUGAUGAAUCAACUUAAUAUUGUUUAGUUUCUGGAAUUUCCUUUGACUACUCACGCUGGCACAUAAUUGAUUUACAUUGUUUGAUUUGUAACUUCCUUAUAUUCUCAUAGAGAGAUUUAUUAUUAUUAUUAUUAUUAUUAUUAUUAUUAUAGCUGAUUGUUCAUUUGCUGAUUAAAGUUGUUUGUCGUAUUGAUUUUCAACUCUUUCGAAAACCGAAGCCUCCUGUUAAAAAUAAUACUUGGUCAAUUAAAAUGGUUAUUUUGCCUUUCAUUACAAGAUAAAUAUCCAAACUGACCUACAAAAAAAAAAAUAUAUAUAUAUAUAUAUAUAUAUAUAUAUAUAUAUAUAUAUAUAUAUAUAUAUAUAUAAAAGCUGUAAAUAUGAAGCAAGAAAAUAUUGAUGCUGCCUGAAUACAUCUCAUUGUUCUGAAACAUAUGGGUUUUUUUUUUUUUGCAAUUUCUCUCUCACACAAACAAACCUGGCUGUGCUGUAAAGAGUGUCACUCUGGUUCCAAAUCAGUAAAUAUACAUAUACAUCUAUAAAUAAGAAUGUACUGUGGAAAUAAUAACAGAGAAAAAAAUCUAUUUUUAAGCUUUGGACUAAUAAUAAAAUGUCAUGAAAUUGUA